AUGGAUAUGCUUUAGAAUAGUGAUUUCUUUUUUGUUGUAGAAUCAUUUAAGAUAUUUUUUGAGAAGGUUUUAACAGCGAUUCAUGACCCAAAAGGUAUUGCCAUUUAAGAAUGGCUUAAAUUCAAGGAUAAAUUAACAGCAAAGGAUGCAACUCCUUCAUCUAUUUAUUGCUACGCCCAUUAGUUAGUAAUUUCAGAAUCUUAGUAAUAAGGUGAGAAUAUCGUGAAGUUAAAGCGUCAAUCUUCCAGAAGAAAUUCUAAAAAAGCCAACACACCCCGUAAAAUAACUCGCCGUAAUUCAUUUGGUUCAGAAUCUCCUCUUAACAAAAAUGACAGUCUCCCCAAAGAUGAAGGAUCAUUAGCACUAGCAACAAAUACUGUAAGUAACCCUUCUAACUUUUCAGCAGCCACAUAAGCUUAAGCUGGAAACGGUAGCUAGCAAUCGGAAAAAAUGAAUUAAUACAGUCCUUGGAUUGAUAAUGAUCGUAAAAAAAAUCCCUCACCUGCAAAGCGUAUCACAACAAACGAGAUCUAGUAGGUAAAAGGACUUGACGAGUUGAGUAAAAUUAAAGAUACCAAGUUGACUGAAUAAUAGGAAACAACAAGAAAACUUUUGCUUGAAAAAGUGAAAAAGUGUGUUGAACAAUUUUAGAAAGAUAGCACAAGUCUUGAUCUUAUUAAUGAUCGUAGUUUCCAAACCUAAACCAUGAUUAUUACAGACUCUAGCAAACGUAAAGUUUAUGAUAGAGGAAUUAAAAGGCAAGAUAGUAAAUUCAUCCGUGAAUUCUCAAUUUACAAGAAAAAUAAUCCAAAUGCUGUCUAAGGAAACACCCCAGGCUCAAAAGAACCAACAAGCUAAUUUGCAAAAGAAUUCUAAAAAGAUUAGCCUGAUUAAUUUGCUCCAACUGCAUUAUAGCCUUCAUCUAAUGCAGGCGCUAAUGCUGGCAAUAAUAACAUUCUUCUUGGAUUAUAAAUUGACUAUAUAAAAUCAAAGAAUAACCCAACAUAGCCUGAUUUUUAUAGCACUGCCGGUUAUGGAGUUUUAGGAGCUGGUAACACUGGAGGAAUAACAGGAUUACUAAGCACUCCUUCAACAGCAGCAAAUUAUCUUGGAACUACUUCACAAAAGAACCAAACUAUGACUUAUUAAACCAAUCCAGCUCUUUACAUGCCUUCUCAUCACAAAUCUGCUAACUCAGCUGGAGGCAAUACUGGACUUAUAGGAACAACCACAACAACAACUACUGGAACAGGUAUUACUUCAACAAACACAGGAGUUUUAGGAAAUGACGAUAGUAAAAAAGGUAUAGAUGAUAUUGUACAACGCAUUUUGAAAGAAUAGAAAGCAAAGGAAGAUUAAGACAAGUUAAAUUAGAAAAAGUUAGAAUAGGAUAAAAUGGUUUAAGAAAUUUUAAACAAGCAUAAGUUAUAAUAAUAGUAGGGUUCAAGCACAAGUUAUCAAACUACCUCUGUAACUAGCUCGAUACCAAGCUACACACCUUCUACAACUCCAAAUUCCUAUCAAUAUCCUUCAUCCAUCACUACUGCUGCUACUUCACCUUACUUGACUUCAAGCCCAAUUAAAGGUUUAACUUCUAUAAAUACCACAACAACUACUAAUAAUAUCGGAAAUCCUGUUUCAUAUGCAGGCACAUAUGGUAUAUCCUCUUUGCAAUCAUCAAAUAAUACACAGAAAUGA